AUUUAAUUGUAGCAAUUCGAAACGUGAAAAGAAAAAGUCAUUAAUUAUUUUAAAAAAUUAAUUCUAGCUAGUAAAUGAAGCUGAAACACAUAUCAAAACAUAUCAUUGUGCACGGAAUAUUGUGAAUUCACUUAUGAUAAUCGCAACGAAAAUUAGUGAAUAGAUAAAAGUAGUAAGCAGGUUUAGCGGAUGGAACAGAUCCAUAUUAUAUCAAGAUGACAUAUCACAGUGCAUUUUUACAACUCCUUGACACAUUUUUUGCAUCAUUCGUAAUUGGACCACUUGUUGUGACAUACUGGAGAGGGACAUGGAAUUUAUCAGAUAAAUUUUUACUUCCACAUGACAAACUGCACAGCUCAUUUGCGAGUUUAGUAAUAGGAAUAAUAGGACAUCUUAUUUUUACAACAUUUCAAGGAUUCUUUCGGAAUCUUUUUAAUCCAAAUGAGCAUAGGCUGACAUUUUAUUUGGGCUCAAGACUUUAUACAAGUAUUUUUGGUGUCAUAUGUGUUAACACAUGGAGGGGUGGUUGGCAAUUGAUUGAUAAGUAUACGGCACGAGAUAUGUGGACGGUAUUGUCGAUAACAGUUUUUGCAAUUAUUGCACUCAUGGCAAUUAAGGCAUUUAGAAAUGUUACUUCACCACCAUUUGUUAUUGUAACUGAUCACUCGAAAGAAUAUUUUGAUAUUCCUACAAUGUACAAAAAGUCGGGAACAAGAGAGCCCGGCUUAUACAUUUUUGAUUGCUUAUUUUCUGUUCUUGUCAUCGGAUCACUUGUCGUCUUUGUAUGGCGAGGAUUAUGGGUGCUCUUAGAUUUAAAGCUUUUUCCGGAGGAUCCAACCUUAUCAGCGUGGGCAUCACUUAUUAUUGGAUAUGCCAUCGUUGGAAUAACAUUUUCAAUUCAACCGAUAAUGAAAUGGGCUUGCGAGAAACUUGAAGGCUUCUGGAGAAUUAUUAUCGCUGAUAUAUUCCUUUUCGUGAGUUUCAUCGGGACCGUGAAUGUUUGGAGAGGAAUUUGGGCUUUAUUGGAUAUUUAUUUCCUUCCUGACAACAAACUUCUAAGUGACUGGCUAACACAUGGUGUAUCAUUAGUACUUCUCAUCCUCCUCAACUGUUCAAACUCAGUUCUCGUUCGUGGAGUAUACAUUGAUGCCGAGGAACCAGCUGGGCAAUGCGUUAUAUUCCCAGUUUAUUAUAUUCGAUUAUUCUUCCAAAAGGAAAGAACGAAAAAGCAAAAGCGCCUUAACGAGACAACUGACAAAAUUGAUCACAACAAUACAGUGCUCUUAAUAGAAAAGCCUCAAAUGAAUCAUUCCUUAUGUGACGGUGAUAUGAAAGUAAAGUACAACAUCCCAGAUGAUGUAAAGUUAACAAAUAACGAAUUUAGUAGUGAAAGUGAUACGAUAAAUGAAAGAAGUAAUGAUGAGCAUAGAAUCUUAUGCGAUGAUGAAUGAUCAAUUAAAGUUUUUAUUCAAAUGUCUGAAUGUAUUUUUGUUUAUUUUUCAAUGAACGGAUGGAAGAAACUUUUUAGAAUAAUUUAAUGAUUGUACGAAUUACCGUAAGUCUCUACUUUAAUAAAAUUAUCUUCUUAAUUCUUAAUUGCUUCCUCUGAAUACUUAGGGAAAUUUUUUUCAUUUCGUAUUCUACGUUUUAUGCGCUAUGCUUUUAUAUAAUCGUAAUUUUAUUAAUUAAUUGUAUCAAGAAAAUUACUUUUAAGGGCUGUUGAGUUUGAAAUUGCGGAAGGAAUUAUGCGAAGCUUCUGAUAUAAAAUUUGAAGUUUUUAAAUCUUUUAAUAAUUUACAUGAGGAGCUUAAAGAGUGCUUGAAUGUAGAAAAUAGAGCAAGUUUAUUAGAUGUUGCUUUUGAAAACAUCAAGUUAGUCAUUUUAGAUGUACAUCUAGAAUUUCUAAAGCAUCCUCAAGGCGAUUAACUGAAAACAAAAAAUAUGCUUGACUUCUUCAAUUAUUCAUCAAAAUUUUCCUUUGUUUUCAACGUCCAAACUCAAAUUAAAUGUUCAUUAAAGCUAGCAUGAAAUGAAUUUUUGAGUUUGUACAUGAAGCUGAAGGUCUUGUCAAAUUAAUUCAAUUCAAAAUCACAUAAUUCCUUCUAAACAUUUUAAACCUCAAAAGCUACCGCUUAGAGAUUUUGAACAAUAUAAAAAUGCCUGAUAACUGUUCAACGCAAAACCAUAUAAAAGUUAAUAAAUAUUAAAAAGUGUUUAAAAAAUUAAGAAUAUUAUUUUCAUCCAAAACUUGUAGCUUCCCAUUUCCUACUAGCUUCUCAUUUAUGAUGCUAUAAAAAGCACUAUUUUAUGUACUCUGUUCAUAGUAAACGUUUAUUAUAAUUCGCAUUGUAAAUUUGAUUUUAUCAUCGUCAUACAUGCCAUUUUUGUAAAUAAUUAUUAUGAUUAAAAUAAUGAAAAUAAUAAAAACUAAAUAUUUUUAAGAUAAGUCGGGAGUUUGAUGUUUUAUGUGUUAUUAUUGUCUUACGAUCAUUGUGAGUGAAGCUAUGAAAAUUGUAAUAGCUUAUCGAGGGGUUGGAUUUAAAGUCAAUGAAAUUUCAAAUUCUAGAAAACCGUUAUAA